AUGUCGAGUUCGGAGACUACAGACCCGGAUGCGCUAGAGAGCUCGGAGUCGGAAACGACGUCUACAGACCUCGAGGGGCCAGGGACUUCGGGAUCGGGCUACAGUGGUUCUUCGGACACGGAGUACUCAGAGUACAGUGUGUGCUUCGACUCCAGCUCCAGUGAUGCCGCUCUACCAGACUGGGAUGAGGCUUGUGACCGUGCAAGGCGAGACCCUGUGAUCUCCCAGAGACUGAACCGUGCACAGCGAAACUAUGUUUCUGGCUGGGGAAACUCGAUGUUGUGCCGCACCGGAAUGCUGGGAAGGGUGAAAAAAUUCCUCAACUACGACUUCCCGGUGAUGUCCGAUUGCUCUGGAGCCGAAGGCGGCAUUCUUGCUCUGCAAGCGCUGGGGAUCAAGGUAGACCACAUCAGCUCCUCCGAGAUUAACUGCAUUGCAACGGACUUCCUCGCUCACAACUUCCGCCCGCGUGUGUUCUACCCGGAUGUUUGCAACCGGAAGUUGCAGCUUGAGAACUACCGAAGCGGUGCCCUCAUCGCCGGCUUCCCCUGCCAACCGUUCAGUGUGCUUCGGAGAGACAGCGAUCUCCUCGACGAAGAGGCUGCAAAGCCCUUCUUCGCCAUCGUCAAGACCAUCGGCGAGCUUCGGGUGCCCAUCUAUAUCCUUGAGAAUGUGAGGGGGAUCAAAAGAUGCCUCGGGGCAGUGAACGAAGAGUUGCACAAGCUCAGAGACUACUAUCAUGCCAUCAUGGAGAUUGACGCCAAAGAGAUAGGAGAUGUGGUGAGCCGACCCCGGCUGUAUUUCAUCGGCGUUCUGAGGAGCGUGGCAGCCCCUGAAAUCUCCUCGAAUGCGAAGCUGCAGAAUGCCGUGAACUCCAUCCUCACAAAGGCUAAGAGGAACUGCACCCCGCCGACGCCCUGGCAUAAACUCCUAUUGGACGACUCCGAUGCGGUCCAGGAGCCGCCGAUCAAGAGAAGGAGGCAAACCCAAUUGGAUCUGCGCUAUGAGAAGCUCGGCCUUGCAUUUGAUUAG